AUGGAGCUUUCCGCAGAGGUGGGACAAAGUGGUGGUGGGAGUUCCGUACACUCGACCUAUGUACAGGACGACCGACCUCUCGCACCACCGCCCAUUCAUGUCGCCAUUCCAAUGGAUGGGGCAGAGGAGGGCGAGGAGGAGUUGGACGAGGAUUACAUGGCGGACAGUGCAGACAGUGACUCGUCCGAUGGUGGGGAUGAGGAUGAGUGUAUUCUGGAGACACCUGUCCAAACUGUGGUGCGCCAUGUCCUAUCUCCACCUCACCCAAUUCCGCCACUAUCGGCAGUGCCAACUCACUAUCACAUUCUAGAUCUGGACGCCAUGCAUGAGAGGACUCCAUUUCCUAACACGGGUGAAGAGGAUUACAACCUAGACGGCGGUGUAGAGUUUCGGGUCGGCCACAAGUUUAGAAGCCGAGAGGCAGUGCUUCAGGAUGUGAAAAAUUACAAUAUUCACAUGAGUGCGGAGUACCGAGUGAUCGAAUCGAACCGGUUAAAUUACCAGGUGCAGUGCCGUCAAGUUGAGAAUGGGUGUCAAUGGAGCUUCCGUGUGGCCCUUCGGAAGGUUCGGAGGGUUGGUGGAGUGCACAGUUGUCUAGCACCCACCAUGUCUCAAGACCAUUGUCAGUUAGACAGCAGUCUGAUAUGCAAGGUCAUCUUACCGUUGAUUCAGUCCAACCCCUUUAUAAGCAUUCCGGUUUUGCAAGGUGCAAUCCAAGCAAGCUAUCACUUCAAACCAUCCUACAAAAAGGUGUGGAUGGCCAAGCAGAAGAUAAUUGUACAGAUAUACCGGGAUUGGGAAGAGUCAUACAAUAAGGUGUCGAAGCUGCUUCAGGCACUGCAGAGCUGUUUUCCUGGUACCAUUUGUUACCUACGCGUCAAAUCGUUCUACGAUGGACACCUCCUGGUACGCGAAUGCAGUAUAUUCAACAAGGUAUUUUGGGUUUUUCCGUCAUGUGUUGAGACCUUCAAGCAUUGCAAUUCCUUUGUCUCUGUAAACGAUAUGCAUCUGUAUGGCAGGUACGGUAGAGUGUUGCUUAUUGCGGUGGCGCAAGAUGGGAAUAGCAACAUCCUGCCUAUUGCUUUUGCCAUUGUGGAGUCCGAGAGCACCGAGUCAUGGUCGUUCUUCCUUACUAAUCUGAGAUGCCACAUCACCCAACAAGACGGCCUGCUGGUUAUCUCCAACAGAUCUCAGGCCAUAAAGGCCGCGCUAAGCUCCGAUGAUAGUGGUUGGCAUCUCCCAAGAGCCUUCCAUGCUUACUGCAUCUGA